CUAGCGCAGGCUGCUGCAACUGAUCAUGCCAUCACCCCAGUACAGGCUAUGCGGACGCAUUGGCGCGCCUUUGCAUGGUGCUUAUUCAUUAACAUGGGUGCACUGUUGUGGGGCUAUGACUCUCAGGUUGGCGGUGGUUUAUUGAGCGUUCCUUCGUUUCGUAGGGAUUUUGGGAGCUUUGUUAAUAUUGAGGAACAAUACGUCCUUGCUGCAUCAUGGCAAAGUGCCUUUAACAGUAUCAGCUCCGUUGGUGGAAUGGCUGGAGCCUUCUCUUUAGGUCACAUCUCGGAGCUCUUCGGACGACGUGGCGCUGUCGCUGUCGCUUGUCUGGUCUCCAUCGUUGGUAUCUUGGUACAAUUCCUCACGCCUGCCCAUAAGAACGGGAUGCUAUUAGCUGGCAAAUUGAUCAACGGGUUCUCGCUUGGAAUGUUCGUCUCAAGUGCAGGAUCUUACUGCGCAGAGGUUUCCCCUCUCGCGUUACGUGGUAUCACUACCGCAUCUGUUAAUCUGUGGAUUGAUUGUGCCAUGUCGAACGCAGUAAUUCGCGGAACAGGCAACCGAACAGAUGUUUAUGCCUACCGUUUGCCUUUUGCACUCCAAUGGAUCUUUCCAAUUAUCCUUCUUGUAGGCCUUCCUUUCGCUCCGGAAUCUCCUUGGUGGCUCGUCCGCAAAGGGAGGAAAGAUGAAGCUCGGAAUGUCAUCACGCGGCUCGGUGGUCCAACGAUCGAUGCAGACAUGCAACUUCAACAAAUCCAGGACACGAUUGAGCUCGAGGAUUCGUAUGCGGCGAGUGCGAGAUACAUUGAUUGCUUCAAGGGGGUCAACCUCAGACGCACUGUUGUGGCAAUGAUGGUCUUCGUGCUUCAGCAAAGCGCCGGGGUUGUAUUCGUUCUGGGCUUCAGCACAUACUUCUUUGAGCUUGCUGGUUUCGCUACUACCAAUGCCUUCAACUUGGGUGUCGGGGUGACAGCCAUCGGCAUUGUUGGCAACCUGCUAACAUUUUAUACAGUCAAUCGAUUCGGUCGUAGAUUCAUAUUCUUCUGGGGAAUGCUUUCCUGCACUACAGUGCUAUUGUUGAUCGGCUUUAUAUCCAUAUCACAUUCUCAAAGUGCAAGAUGGACGGUGGCUGCCUUUACAAUCAUAUACAAUUUCGUUUAUCAAACUGGGAUUGGUCCCCUAGGCUAUGUCAUUUUUGCUGAAGUUUCGUCGGCUAAGCUGCGGUCGAAGACGGUCGCAUUAGGAAUCUGGGUCAAUUCUUUGUGUGGCAUGGUUGUGAAUAUCGUUGUCCCCGUCAAUCCAGAUCAGGCAAAUCUUGGUGGAUACGUUGGCUUUAUUUUUGGCGGCCUGGCUUUUGCUGGAACAAUUUGGACCUGGUACUUCAUUCCGGAAACUAAGAAUCGCACAGUAGACGAGCUCGAUGUUCUUUUCGAACAACACGUUCCCGCGCGUCACUUUUCGACACACGACAUU